AUGAAUCUGAAUCCCCACCUAGCCUCCACCUCCUCCUCCUCCACGACAUCUUCAUCCGCCUCCUCGACAGAAUUUCCACGUGUCAGCGUCCAAUCGAGACAUGCUCAUCUACCUCAUCAUUUAUCAAUAAACGGAGGAAGCUCCGCUCAUUCGCAUCCUAUCUACGCGUGCUCGGAUGAGAACUCGUAUUACGCCUCACCGAUAUUUCUGACCCGAACGAUAGAUGAACCUCCAAAAAAGCCCGCGCCAACCCUGAGCAGACAGUCGACGUGUCGACCGACGAGCCAGUUAUAUUUGCCGAGCAAAAAGAGGAAAACUAGGUGA